AUGGGUUGCAGAGCUACAAACCCUUUGGACCGGACAAAGGAAGAUGAAAGCAAUAGUAGUAAUUGCAUUGACAUGCCAAUUCAAUAUAAUGUUGGAAGAAGGCAUGAGUCACGAACAUCCUUAAACUCGAAAGAG